AUGUCGACAUAUCCUUCACCAUUACCGUCGCAAUCUCCACCGGAACAUUACGUCACACCGCCUCUCACGGUGAUCCUCACCGUGGUUCUCCUCGUCUUCUUCUUCAUAGGUUUCUUCACUCUCUAUUUUUGCAAGUGUUUCCUCGAUACAAUGAUGCAAGCUUGGCGUCUCCACCACGGUGGAGUCACUGAAGCUGACGAUAAUCCUCUUCAACCACCCGAAGCUCCUCCGGUAAAUCCCGGCCUCGAACUUCGGAUCAUAAACUCGUUCCCUACUUUUCCUUAUUCCUCCGUUAAAGAUCUCCGAGAAGAGAAAUACGGCCUCGAAUGCGCCAUUUGUUUACUCGAAUUCGACGGCGAUCACGUCCUACGUCUCUUAACCUCGUGUUAUCAUGUUUUCCACCAAGAAUGUAUCGAUCUUUGGUUCGAAUCUCAUAGAACUUGUCCUGUAUGUCGCCGUGAUCUUGAUCCUCCUCCUCAACCACAAGAAAACACUAACACAAAUCUUUCUAACGUCGAUGAAAUGAUCAUCGACGUGAUUCAAGAAACCGACGACGACGAUGAUCAUAAUCAGACAACAACACCGAUUGAUACUUGGCCUUCUUCAGGACAGAGUAGUUGUAUCAAAAAGGAGCAAACUUUACCUGAGAAAUUCUCGAGAUCGCAUUCUACAGGACAUUCGAUAGUGAGAAACAAACCAGAGGAAGAAGAUAAGUAUACAUUGAGAUUACCAGAACAUGUGAAGAUUAAGGUUACAAGAGGACAUAGCCAAACAGAGAGUUGUGUUACUUUUGCAGAACUUGUUAGAAACAGAGGAUAUGAUCAUCGCCGGUUUGGUGAAGUUUCCGGUCAAACACCGGUUAAACAACCGGAAAAUUGA